ACUACGGUGUUGACAUUCCAAACAACAUGGCUUCCGAACAUGUUUUUGACGAUUUGAACCUGAGUACAGAUGAGGUUAAACGACUUGGAGAAGCUCUCAAAGAUGAGCAGUUUAGGAAACUACUUGUUGAAUAUGCAGAAGAAAUUUCUAACCCUGAGAACAAGCGGAAGGCGGAGGAAGAAAUUGCAAUGAUGGAAAGUGAGCGUGGCAUGAAUGUGCAGUUCGUACACCCAGCGCCCGGGUAUGUUUUGAAGACCACAGUGGACGGAUCAAAAAAAGCUUUUAUAAAUAUAUGCCAAAAUGAUAAAAUUGAUAAACCCAAGUCUGAGAGAAAAACAGGACCUGAUGGCAAAAAUGGUUUGCUAUGGAAAAUACCUCAUUCUUUCGCCCCUCCAAAGGAAGACCUGGAUAAAACAAAGAAAACAUGUCAGGUUUUUGAUGUUGUGUUCCACCCAGACACUUAUCGAAUGGCAAUGAAAAAUGAGAGAUUUAAAAAGCUUGUAGAAGAUACAGCUUUAGAAGGAAUUGAACGUCAAUUUGGUGUGACACUUGAUAAAAAUAACAUAAAACGUCCAAAAUUAAAAUUUAAAGGAACUCCAGUUGCAACAGUGAUAAGAGAAAGAAAAUCUGAUACCAAACCAAAUAAAACAGACCCAGAUGAUAUCCUGAAUCAAAUGCCUUAUCCGUAUGAUUCCAAGACAUCAGCAGAAAAAGCUGCAGAGAAUGAAGCUAAGCACUUAAAGAAAAAAGCUGGAAAAUCUAAUAAGAGUGAAAGUGAAAGCAAAGUGGAUAAUAAGUUUACUGAACCUAAGUAUACCAUUACUCACCUCUCACAUAUAGACAUGAGUGAAUAUCGCAAUGCUCCUGAUGCAAAAACAUCCACUCGUCCUAAAGAACUUGUUAUAAAAAUUGAACUUCCAUUACUUAGCUCAGCAGCCCAAGCCAAUCUAGAUAUUUUUGAGAAAAAAAUGGUUUUAACUUCUGUUGCUCCUGCAGCCUACAAAUUGGACCUGUCGCUUCCUUAUCCAGUAAAUGAAGAUGAAGGAUCUGCAAAGUUUGAUAAAGCAAAGAGAACACUGACUGUGACUCUUCCAGUCCUUCGAGCCCCAACACCACCUUUACCUUUUGCAGAUGACAACAAUGCUAAAGAUGGGAAAUUGAUUGAAGUUCUAUCUGGUGAUGCAAUGGUUAAGCAAGGUAACAGUGACAAUGCUGAAUACCUGAAAAAGGAGCCUAACCAAAGUGCCGAUGUUUUUGAUAAUGAACAAACAUUAAGAGCUGAUAUUGAAAUUCUGAAUGAUAAUAAUAGAAGAGAAACUCACUUUCCUCAGAACGUCAAGUUUGUACUGCCUGAAUACCUAUUUUCGCAAGAUAAUGAGACUGUUUCAUUUGUCAUAAGAGUUAAAAACAUUGAAGCAAAAUCUGUUAAGAUGUUCUUCCCACAGAAUUGCAUAGCUAUUGUUCAAUUCAUUUCCUAUGGAGCUGGUUGCUUCCCAGUGUACUACUGUCUUUAUGUUAGAUUCCCUGGACAAUGCAGAAUUUCUUCUGAGCACUGCAGCGUUGAUGUUAGCAAUGAUAACCUUGUGUUCCUCAUCCUUAAACACAAGUCCAGCAGGGGCUUGUGGGACAGCUUUGAAAUUGGUGCUCAUGAGAAAGAACUUCAAGUAAGUUGACUUACUUAAUAAAUAUUUCUUACACUUACACUAAUACAUUUGUGUGUUUCAUGGUCAAAUGGUUUCAUGAAAUUCUAGGAGACUAAUAUUUCUUUUGUUGUUUUAAGUGGUAUCUUUUCACUAAACAUUUUUUUUUUUAACACUAAAAGUGUGAUUGUGGUGUCCAUGAUGAGUAAUUAGUAAAAUAGUAAUAAAAUAGUGUCUGUUAUCUACAGUGCUUAAAAAAAAUUAUGUUCUAAAUGUUUGUACCGGUACUGUGAAAGUGACAGUUCACUUAUAUUUUACAUUUACAGAGAUUAGUUUCUUGAUUAUAAAUUAUAGUUCAACACAUGGAAAAGCUCAAUGAAUUUUCAGUUUAACUCCAUUGUAAUUAUAUUUUGGUACAUUGGUCUUAAACAAGAAAUGAAGUUAACAAAAAUGGUAUUUAUGAGCCUCAAAAUAGUUGUAUUAAUAACUGAUUUUAAUAAUUAAUAAGAAAACCAGUUAAGACAUUAGUUUAAAUGCAACCAACAUUACUUUAUUUUAUUGUGCAAUACUGCGUACUAUACCAAUAUAUAGAAUGAUAUCCCUGAAGUGUUAAUAAUAUUAACAUUUUAAUAAUAAGGUUUCACUGCUCCCGGAAAAGCCAAGUGCUCCCCCCCCCCCGGAAACAAAAUUUCUGAAAUAAUCACUGCUUGUAGUGCAUGGUAAUUGUAACCCGAAAAUGUUCUGUUCGAUGUAAGCAUUUCUAUUGUCUUAGUGCGGGGUGGGUAAGCCGCUCGCCAAAUCCAGCCCGCCUUGGGUCCUUAUGAAUAACUGGACCCACCUAGCCGCCCUAUUUAACCGACCAUUAGUCAUAUUAUGGCCAAAAGGGAGCCCAUACUUUUCAAAGAAUACCAUACCAAUUUAUUUUAUGUCUCUGUCGAUAAAAUACCGUAUUUAUUGGCGUAUAACACGCCCCUCAAUUUAAGAAGGAAAUUUCAGGGAAAAAAACUAAACAUCAUUUGCCCCCUAUUUUCAGGGAGAAAAAGUGCGUGUUAUACGCCAAUAAAUACGGUAGUUAUUCAUUCAUUUAAAAAUUGCAUUGUUUACCCCCCUAUUUUGCGCAAAAAAUAAGAUGUGAUUGUGGGCAGUGUGCAUAUAAAUUCUUUUGAAUGUUUUUUUAAGAAUAACUAUAGUCCGGGCCCCAACAGUUUUGUUUAAAAAGUUUUAGGACCCUUGGAGUAGACUGUAGAAAGAGCUCUUCUCGGUCGAUUCGGGAUUUAUACGUUAAAAUCAUUAGAAUAAUAGACUAGGUCACCAAAAAACUUGUCCUUGAUUUUUUACAUUCUCUUAAACAACUGAAUAUAAUCAUCAAAUAGUCUGUCCACUUUGCCUAGACUAUCUGGAGACGUAACAAACUACUAUUUUCCGUAACACUUCUAUAACAGUAUCCAGCCCAUGACAUAUUUGUGAUGUACUGUGUUUAUUAUUUAUACUGCAUCAUCUUGAGUCAAUUGCCAGACGCCAGUCUAGCCACUAGCAGCAUCUUCGCCCUCGGCCUCAAUCAAGUUGAAGGCCAAACUUUUUGGAUGCAGGUUAUUGCAGGUCAAAAUAAGGCCACUUUUCUGAAUUAUUUGGUUAUCUAUGAUUCAUCAUGACUUUCAUCAGAAAUAAAAAUGAAACUGAAAACAUUUUCAUUAAUAAUUAAUAUUUACAUAGAUGUACCAACAUAUUUUUUGUCUUAACAUGAUCGAUUCAUAAUACAUAGGCGUACAUUAAAAUGUGGUGGGCCUAGGUUCAAAAUAUAAAAUGGUGUAUGAUUCAUGAUUCAUGAUCAUAAUCAUAAUGUCAUAAUCAAUCCCAAGCCAAAUCCAAAAUUUUAAUAUUAAUCACUGAUCACACACAAACCCCCCAUAUAUAUAUAUCGCUGUAACGUUAAUAUAACAAUUUAAAUUAAUCAAUAAAAUUAAGACAAACUGGUUCUUUGCUAUUUAUUGAAAACACAUGUGUCACCUCAGCUCUAGACAAGACUAACUGAAACUGACCCGUUGCAUCAUGAAUGGCAUGGAAUAUGAAACAAUGAAAAUGAAACACUAUUGUUUUUUCUAACACUAAUGAUUUUAAAAAUAUGUUUGAAUCUUAAAUAGAAAUAUAAAACCAAAAUAAAAUAUCCAUAUUCAUAUAUCAAGAAAAUGCAAUUGUGAGUACAUAUUAAUUCUCAACAUUGUACACAUUGGACAUAAAACCUUGUUAAAUUAUUAUUAGACUAACUGAAACUGACCCGUUGCAUCAUGAAUGGCAUGGAAUAUGAAACAAUGAAAAUGAAACACUAUUGUUUUUUCUAACACUAAUGAUUUUAAAAAUAUGUUUGAAUCUUAAAUAGAAAUAUAAAACCAAAAUAAAAUAUCCAUAUUCAUAUAUCAAGAAAAUGCAAUUGUGAGUACAUAUUAAUUCUCAACAUUGUACACAUUGGACAUAAAACCUUGUUAAAUUAUUAUUAUGGCCUUCGCGAAAAUCAACAUUCUGGGGAAGGCCACGACACAAAUAGCACAACCACGUGGUACAAGCUAAUACAUUACGGGAAAGGCCGAACAUUCGCGUAGCUUCCCUUCUUGCUGAGUGUAUGGUUAUUCCUUAGCCUUAACGUUUAAGUUUAUGGAUAUUACAUUUUUUUGCAUUAUUUGAAGACGUCUAUAUUUUCUACACCAUCAAUUUAUUGGCAUUUUUGCAAACGUGUAAUAAAUUCCUUACAUCAAUAAAAUAAUCAAAUAAUAAAAUAUAAAUAAAUAAGGACUACUUUUAACAAGCGAUUCAGCGGCUGAUAACAAUAACAACAGUGACCUAAUUACCCCGUCUUGGUCUCAUGCAAUAAGUUCUUCCACUGCUUGUUUGCAAACAAAGUGAUAAUCAGUGAAAUAUAUUGCUUGGAAAGUAAGUUAAACGUUUCCUGCUUUCAUUUAUUAGUUCAUAUUAGUAAUUAGCAGAAAAUUCAAUCUUAUUUAUUGUCGUGCAUGGUGCAUUUGGGUCAUUUGUCAUUUUGGAAUACAAUAAAAAAAUAUCCCUACUAUUUUUUAGGUUAGGUAGGUUCAUUUAAUUGGCAAUGGCAAUAGUAGUAGUAGUAGGUUCACUCUUCGGUCACAGUCUGAGUCACACUCACAACUUGUCACAGUGACUUUAUGAUUUGACUAUACGACUGAGUUCCCCUUCUAAUUUUUAAAUAUCAAAAACGUUUGUAGACUUUUUUGUUUGUUUUUGUUGGCUUGUUGAAGCUCAUUGUUAUUGGCGAAAAUAAACCGAUUGAAAAGCGUGAACACAACUGUCGUGUCGUUACACAUUAAUUUUUAAUCACUCAUUACCGGUAUCUCAUUCUCAUGACACUUGUGCACAUUGUCAGUUUCAUCAUCCCUGUGGAGCUACAGCCGUACAGCCCAUUUAGGGCUUUUGCCUACCACAUUUGUCAGUUCACCAUCAUCUAUAUUAGUCUAUAUUCCUAGGCUCUUUGGCUUUGGAGGACAAGUUUGAUAUUUGUGUUAUUUACAAUUUAAUUAAUUACAUUUUUUAGGUCUCUUAAUCUUGUCUUGGCAAUUGACAAAACUACCUGUACCCCUUUCACCAAAAUUUUAUUUAUGAUUAUGCUCAACAUUUAUGUCCCUGGUCCUUAAAAAUAUCCUCCCUAGGCCUUAGACCAGGGUGGCCAACCCUAAAGGUUUUGCAUGUCCUUACACCUUAUAUAUUUAAUUAAUAAUAAAAAAAAGCAAAACACACACACUAAAUGAUGUAUAUAUUUGUUUAUUAUCUCCUCUUAAUUCACAUGAAAUGGUAUCAUUUUUAUCUAUUCUGCCACAAUAUUUGACAUGUGUGGGCAGUGGGUUGUCCUCCUUUGACUAUACCUUAAUUAAGUUUAUUUGUUGUUGAAGAAGUUACAUAUUUUGUCAGAAGAUCUCAAACUGGUCGGGGAAGCCACAGCAUCCUUACAGGAAAAAAAUAUUUGCUAUUUCAGAGUGCACAUGUUAGAAUUUGACAUAAGGCGCUUGGGAAAACCUGGAUGCAGCAAGGUCACAUCAGACUAAAAUAAUUGGUGAAAUGUCUGGAUUAUGUAGUAUUUAAUUAUUUUAAAUAGAUUGAGCAUGACGAUAAACUUAAUAUAGGAAAUCCAAACUGAAAUAUUAACUUUUAUUUAGUUUAACAUACCCAUUUGCUUAAAAUCUCAUAGUGAUUUUACAAAUGCAUAAAUUUAAGAUCAGCAUAUUUAGGUCAUUUGAACAGUAACUAGAAUUUUUCCAAUAAAUAUAUAAAUUCUCUAUGUUAUAUGGCAGAGAUUUCCAAAUGAUGUGUCCUGACUUACUAGUGUGUCGGCUGCAAGGUGUAUGUGUCAUUGAAAACUAAGCCAUACCAACUUUAACACAUUUUUUAACAUCAAAGGAAACAGCAUGGCAUUCAAGGGCUUUAACUUUCUGGCUCAUGCAAGUUUAUGAUGUAUCCCCUCUUUUCCUAGAUAGAAACACACUGGGUUGCAACUUAGUUUUCAAUGGCCAAAUUCAUUUAUUGAAAAAAAAAUGUGUUCUUUUGUAGUGUUUUCCAUUGUUUGGUCUCAUAAUUAUUUUACAUUUUAAUGUGACAACUAGCAUAAUUUUCCCUGGCUUUUAAAGGUGUGCAAAACAUGAUUUUUAUUUGCAUUUAACUGCCAGUAAGUAACCUGGAUAAGUUACUAAUUAAGAAUAAAAAGUCUGGGGAAGAUAACGUUUGGGUUUUAAAAAAUUUCGUCAAUAGAAAAAAACAGCUGUUAAACAGCCUGUAAUAGUAAUUGGUCAAAAAAACAAUCCUAGUGUAAUUAGUCUAAAAUUCUGAUGGCUUCUCUUUUUUCGUAUCAUCUUAAUUAAUAACCCGUUUAAUGUUUCCCAACAACAAGGCUGACGUUUAGGCACAAAAGUUAUCAUUUCAAGUAUACAGUGGUUCCUCAGUAUAUGUCCUUAAUCCAUUCCAGAUUUUUGGACAAAUACCAAACGUAUUUUUCCCAUAAGAAAUAAAGGGUAAUAAUUAAUCCGUUCCCAUGAAAAUAAUCAGAUUGUGAUUGGCAUAUUAUACAUUUAUUGAUGUGGUUGUAUAAAAUAAUUUAAACACUGCUUUAUACUAAAAUACAUAAAUAAAAAGAACUUAGGUGAAAUAAAUGAAAAUUUAACCUCACUUUACCUUGGUGAGAAGAGUCAAGUGCUCACUAAUAUGGUGCUGAAAACGAGGAGAUGUUAUUGUUUUGAAGGAGAGUCCGCUUUCAAUAAAACUUCAAGAAUAUGACAUUCUGUUGUUUUUUUCUUUUUUCUGUCUCUUUUCCAUAGUUAACCCUGGUUGAGGCUCACCAAGUUUGACUUUUACUAAAAAUCUGUCUAAAGAGCUUUGCUUUUGACUUCUCCUCAGGAUGUUUCGAAAAUGCUAUUACGAUUUGUUUGAGCUUUGUUGGGGUGGUACUUAUCUGCGAAGUUUUUGACAUCCAUCCAUUUAGCAAAGAUUUCCGUGAUUAAUGAAGUAUGAGCUUCCUCCAUCUCCUCCCCCUCAGAGCCUGAGGAGAAUGAAUGCAUCCAUCCUAGUCUUUGCGCGAUGUGUCAUUUUGACACAUACAAGUUCUAGCAUGCAUGCGGGUCGUAUUCCUAACAAAGGACAUAUACCAAGCCAAAUGUUUCUCGUCCAAACAGGAUGUAUACCAAGUUUGACUUAUUCCAAAGCAGACGUAUACCGAGGUACCAAUGUAUAUCGAAUCUCUGUAACCAAAAAAUUUUGUAUGCAUAGUUGAAUAUUUUCAUUGUUACACCUAGUAAAGAAAUAGUGCUUAUAAUUUUCCUAAACCUAGUUAGGAAAUAUUUAAAAUAAAAAAAAAAUAAAAAAGCAAGGGAUGUGUAAUACGCUUUUCAGACAAACACAAAAGCAGGACUCAAUCCCAUGUAGGUUACUUGUCAUAUUUAGUUAUUGCUUAGAAUAGGCCAACAAGAUGAUGUAAUGUGUAAUGACAGAGUUGUACAGAUAACAGUUAUUGAUUUCCUGCUUGCCCUACCAUUACUUUGCAGAUUAUUUCAUUCCUGGUUGGAGGCUUGAAUGACUUUCAGCUUAGGCAGAAAGGAACUCAACUUUUAUGCAUAGCUUGUUACUUUUAUAGAGGUGAUUUUAUUUUGGAUAUCAUUCUAAAAAUAAUUGAAUCAAUUUUUUCUGGUCUCGGGUAAAUUUCAGGAAAAACAAAAUGAUUAUAAAAUCAUAGAAUUUAGUACAAACUUUCUAGUCCCAGUUAUAAUGCAUGAAAACAAAAUUCAUUUUAAAUUAAAUCAUCGCUAUAGUUUUUAACAUUUGCUUGGCUAAUAUUUGGCCAAUAGUGGAUGGGGCAUUGAAUGCUGAUUAUAUUAAAGUCUUACUUUUUCCAUAAUCCAUCUGAAACCCUUGAUACAUUACUUCCAUUUUCUACCUAGAUAGGGAUUUUAUUCUGUGCCUAGAGCACAUCUGGUUUUUUCACAAUCGAGUGUCUUACAAAACAGCUUUCAUUGUGUCAGGUUGGCUAAGAUUUAUGAAGGCUGUCAAAUGAGGUAGGCUCAUUUUGUGCUAUAAACUUUUAAAGCCACUUCCUUACUGAUGUAUUUUGCGACCCUUUUACAUGAUAUUAUGUUCUUCUCAAUGACACUGACAGAUUGCCAGUUAAAAACAAAAAGUUAUAUUUUAUCAUGGAUUUUGUAUUCAGGGUUUUAAUAAAAAGACAAUGAUGGGACUUGUCUAUUUUUCAUAUUUAAGGUUUACAAACAAUGUACAUUCUAUUUUGAAAAUAUAUUACUAAACUAUUUUGCAACUCUUGGUUAAAUCCCUCAAACAACUUUGACACCUGGGUUUGCUUUGUAGGUCCACAUUUAAAAAAAAAAAUACUUGAUAAUAAAUUAUGAGCAAAAAUCUUCAUUUUUAACAAUUGCAAUUUAUAUGGCAGCAAACUGUUAGCCUCUGCUUUCCUGGCAUGAACUUUGGAAAUGCUUCAAAAGUUUUAAAAUGAAAGUGUUUUUAUACAAACUAUAUUAAUAUACUAUUUGAAUUGGUCAAUAAACCUGUUAAAAUGCAAUGUUUAAAAAUCCUGUAAGAGAUUAGUUGUCUUUUAAUUUUAACAUUCUUCUAUCCGGGGAAGCUUGAUAAAAAUGAGCUCAAAGAAUUUCAACCAACUGGAUAGACAUUGCUUGUGUUGAUCAACCAACUGGAUAGACAGGCAUUGCUGGUGAUGAGUUGAAAAAUGGCUUACAAAUAAAUUAAUUAUUUUAAACAAUUGAAAGUAGGGCAAUUAAAGCAGUAAAAGUUGUAAAAAAAAACAGAAUCAAAUUAUUAACUUAUGUACUUUUUGAGCUACAAAUUUUUAAAGUGCGAGUUCGUUUGGUAUUUUCUGCUAUGGACGAAGCCUCCACAUUUUGUGACCUUAUUCUGCUGAUAGUGUCUUGCGCAAUGACUAUAUAGUUUUUAUAUGGCAACGCAUCCCCUUAUUACUAAAAUACUAUUUAGAAACUACUUAUUUUGAACUUUUAACUUUUGCACAUGGCAAUUAUGAAUGAAACUCUGACGUAGAACCACGACAUAGCCAUUAUGCAAGUGACCGUGAAUGGCUGCCCUUGGCAACGUUUUGCACACAGCAAAUUAUGAUAAUUUAUAAUAUGGACUCUAUCGGGUUUUUAAACCUUGAAUUAAAACAUAUUUAUUUCAAUUACUUCUGGGGUUCAUUCUAAAACACAAGUCCUGUAUUUUGAGAAAUAAAUAAUUAUUUUUAAUUAUUAAAAACUUGUUUAUUUGUUGUUUGCUAUUUCUUCUUGUGGAGAUCAAAAGCCAGCGAUUGGUCAUGGGGAUCAAGAUAACCGAGGUUAAGUGGCAAAUUAGGCCACCUUUUGUGCUUGAGAUAUCAGAUCAGGGUUCGGCGUCAUAAAAGAAUCGAAAUAACCGGGGAGAAAAUGCUAAGAAAAGAGAGAAUUAGUCAGUUCCACUUCAAAAACGUUGACAUAACAGGGUUGGCGAGUUAACUGAGGUCAAGAUAAGCGGGAUCAACAGUAGUAGCAUUCUUACACUAAACAUACAAAACAGUGGAGAAUCAUUAGUAGCAUUCUUACACUGGAUAUACAAAACAGUAAUAUCCUUUACUGAAUUCAUCUUUUAUGUGGCAAUGUUUCUCAUUAUUCCUCUUUGUAGUGCUUGGAAUGUAAUCUGUGCCACAGAAAUGAAUUAUGUGAUAAAACAUACAAACAAAUUUGGUGUUCAUAAAAAAAUCUGAACAAUGCAAAAAAACUUGUUAAAAAAAUACUUUCUUUUUACUCCACAGACACAGCAGUUUCUUACUGAAAGUAACCUUCAGAGAGAAUUAUCUGACCUUGACAAAGCAGCAGAGACAAGCAUGCCUGUCCAGGUAGACAAUAAACCAGAACUGACUGUGGUUAAGAUGGAUGAAACAAAACUUACUAUAGAUAUCAAGGUUGGUUAUGCGAAAACUACACUAUAAAUUACACUUUAUUUUUAUUUUAAAGAUGUCAUUUCCUCAAGGUCUUUAAAAAAAAAAUUGUUUGUUGGAUCUAAAGUUUCAUGUCUUUCAUUCAUACAUGUUUAAUUUAUUUGUAGAUUAUUGACUACAAAUAAAUGGAAUGGUUGUUGUAUGUAAAAAAUAUGAACUUUAGUUAGAUACACAUAAUUAACUUACUUAAAAGUUAAUUCUUUUAACCUCCUUCAAAAAUGAAUCAACUGUUUUUGCAUUUCCACGCAGCCACCAAAGUCAAAGAAAUACAAGCAUGAAUAUAUUGAAGAUGAGGGAAUUGAAGAUGAAGAGUAUGAUCCGCCUUCGUCUGCAGAAAUUGAAGUUGUUCAUAAGCACCCAGCCCCAAAUCUCCACAGCAUUCUCAAAGCUCGAUCCCCAUCUGAGUCUAGUGAGGAGGUUGUUGUCAUGGACCCCGAAAGUCCUCGGUCUGAGGGCGAGGAGCUCUCUUCUUCUUACACCAAGAAGAGAUCCGUCUCUUUCAGCAACCAUGUUGACCGGGCAUCUUUCAAAUCAUUUGCUUCAGUGUCCAGCAUGACACCGGCUCUGAAGAGCAAGCGACGUAGGCAGCGAAAGCGAGAGGAAAAGAAAAAUGGUAGAGUUAGGCGCACGAGCGAGGGCACCAGCAGCAGUGAGGAAUGCCUCCAGAUAGGUGAUUCCUACUCUUUCAGUGAAGGGGAAACGUCUGAUAAGUUAGUGGAUAGAAGCAAGGUGAUGCUGUCUCGCACCAUGUCAGACCCAGGCCCCAACACACUUGUGCCCGAAUUGAGUGGGAAGAAAAAUGGUAAAAAAGGAAAGAAAGGGAAAAAAUUGGAGAAAGGUUCAGGUGAAUCAGAAUCAAUACCACAAGCUGCAGAUGUUCUUGAUUUUAGGACUAGUAAACCAAUCAAUGAGCACGUUGAGAUAUUUUCUUUAAGUAAUGUGGUUAACGGUGUGCAGGGAACAAAUGGGAGCUGUGCUGAAGAUCAUAUUGACCCCUUUGAUAGGGACGCCAAGAUAAGGGAGAAUUUGGUGCCCAAUGAUGAGAAUAACAAGAGGAAAGAUGCUGAGAAAAACAAGAAAAUAAUUUCAGAGAUCAAGAAUAAGCUUGCCGGUGGAGACGCCAGCAGUGAGAAGGCAGCAAAAGGCUGUGAUAGUGAUGAUGAUGACUUUGUUGAUGCUGUCAGUUCUAUGACAGAGGAGUUUGAUGAAAAAGUUGCAUUCAUUGAUGUGAAUGGGGAUGUUGACAAAGGCAGGGAUGAGUCGGGGGGAAAACAAGUGAUGGAAGUCAGAGAUGAAAAAGUUUCAGGAGAGUUUAUCAAAGGUGACAAGAAUUCUAUAGAGGGCUUGAGUAAAAAUAAUGUUAAAGAGAAGCCAGAUGUGGAAACCAUGCUGAGUUGGGAGGAAUGUCCGCAAGUGAAUGGUGGUGAGCAUGUGACUCAGUGUGAUGUUGAGUUCACCAACACCAUGAUUUAUGAACUUGACUUUGACUGAAUAUCUUUCAUGUUAUGAUUCUAUCAUCCAAGUAGAUCUUUCUACCCCGAGGGAUUUAACAUUAAAAAAAAGUAGAUUUGAAAAAAACUUCAUUAAUUUUAGAUUUUAUUAGAGCUUAAAAAUAUUGACUAAAAAAACCAUACAAUUUAAGUAAACUUUUCUUAUAUUACCGAUAUAUAAUAUUCAUUUACUUUUGUAUUGUAUGACUUCCAGAUGAGUAUUAAAAGUUGUAUUUCUCAAUGAGGAAUAUAUUUUCCACUCACAGCAGUCUAAAAAUUAUUAAUGAAUUCAUUUAUGGGAUUUUUUUGUGUUCAAUCAAAACAAAUUGCAUCUUGAUUUACAAAACAGCAGCUUUUUCAUUUCCAAUGUUUUUUUCUUCUUGUUUCUUUAAAAUAGUUCACAUUACUCAACUUUCAAUGUUUAUUUUAAUGCAUUGUUUAAAAAAGGAAAUGAUUUUGAAUUUCAUUCUUUCUCCUUUUUUAAUGUUUAUUUUUUAUGUAACAUUUAUUGUUACUGGUUUUUCAUGAAAGUUGAAGUUAUCAGUACUUUUCAAAAGUAUUAGGGAAAAACAGACUUUGUCCACAUUUUAAAAGUGCGUUUUUACAAUCUUUUUGUAAUUUUUCAUGAAUUUUUUAAAAUAUAUAAUUUUGUUCCACUUUGCUUCAGUGUUACAUCAUUGUUAUAUCAUUUUUAAAACCUUAGAAUUGAUUAAAACAAAAUGACUCAAGGUGUUAACGUCAAGAAGUCUUAGUGGGAAGUUCAUGUGUUGUUAGCGUCAAAUGAAAGCAGAAUGAGGGGUUGAAUGCAACACGUCACAAUAAUAUUAGUUGAAAAUUUCAUCAAAAGUCAUUUCAGAAUUAACAUUUAAUGGAUUAUGUGAUUGUAUCUUCCAGCGUCACUUCAAAUUCUUUUGGCAGUGAGUUCAAUAUUAUGUUUUAUUUAUUUAAAAGGAAUUUUUUUGUUGCUAAUUUUGGCAUUGCUGGUGAACUAAGCUAAGUCUGCACGUACCAUCAAGAAGUGCUUUCUGAAUGAUGGGUCGGUUAGUCCUGUUUUCCUUACGUAAAAAUAACCAUUAUGACAGCUUGAAAUUCAGAUCAACUUAAAAAAAUACCUGACUUGUAAAAAGUUUAGAGGUGUAAAAAGUAAUGGGGUAUAGAGAAAUUUGGAAUGUUAAGUACAGUGAGUUUUGGGUAUUGACAUGACGUAAAACCACAGAAAGAUAAAGCCCCUUUAUCAUGAUUUUCAUUGGCUGAAAAUAUUUAUUGUAAAUAAUCAAAAUCUGCAUACACAGUGCAGAUCUAUUACUAUUAGUUGUGGAUUUAUUAGAACUAACAGUUGUAGUACAAGGAGAAUCUUUUUUGACAACCACUCCAACUUAAAGCCACUUUUGUUAACUUUUUUGUCUAAAAAUACGUUGAGGAUCUCCCGUCCUAUUUAUUAAUUGUGUUUAUAUCAGAGUGCAUAAAUAUAUCUCUAAGCUGCGUGACAUUUUCUCUUUAGUUUACAAACAUUUUAUAUUGGUAUAAUGUUGACAUUAUUCCACUUGGUGCAUAAGUAUACUGGUUAUUUCAUGUGUUUAUUUGUUGAGGUAAUGAUGUCGCUUUUUCAAGAGUUAUUAUAUAAUUGAAAUAUAUUAUUAUUAUGCCAUCCCGUGAGAUUUUAAUCUCUAUCUUAGAACAAUCUAGUAACCUGAAGGAAUCCGCUAAAACAGUGAAGUUAACAUUUAAAGCUAUGUCAUUCAAUUACAAAUUCAUAUUUUACAUUUUGACCAAAUUAUUUUUUUAAAAAGCUCUAUUCAUAGAACUUAAGUAGUUCUUUGUAUAAUAUACAUUUCUAAGGCAAAUGUGAAUCAACUCCUGAUGAAAUUAUUAGUGAAAAGUAAAUAGAAUGAAAUGUAUUUCAUGAUUCUGUUUAAGAUUUCUAUACAUUCUCAUUUAGUGAUUUUUUUUUUCCUUUUGAAGUUGUAUUUUAUUAUGUAAAAUACCCUUAAAAAAUAUAUAAAAAAUUGUUUUUUAAAUUAUAUUGAAUUGUUGAGAACUCCCUUCAAAAUAAAAGAUGAAAUGGAUGUUUCAUUGUUAACAUGAGUUUUUAAAAA